CUACUCGUACGGCUGGAAUCGCCAUACCAUGACGUUCAUGGGACUCUGGCCGGAGGAAAGGAACUUCAGCCAAGCUUCGAGUUACAGAGUGUUAGCUCCUGUUAUAUCGAUGCUCUGCUUCAUAUGUGUGCCUCAGUCGAUCAAUUUGUUUUUCAUCUGGGGCGAUUUCGACCUGAUGCUAGAAAACCUGUCCAUGGCGAACAUAACGAUCACAAUCUCGCUACUGAAGACCGUUGCGUUCUGGUCUAAGGGUAGACCCCUGAAGUCACUCGUGACGAGCAUGUCGAGGGAUUGGAACACGAUCGUGAGUAAGCAAGACCGCAGUACGAUGUUAGAUAUCGCGUGCACCAGCAGAAGUCUGUCCAGAAACAGCGUGCUGUUGGUUCAGUUUGUGGUGGUGAUGUACAUCACGUUGCGAUUCUUCAUGAUCCGGCAUAACGGCCGCCAAUUGUUCUUCCCCGCGUACUUCCCUUACAAUUGGACCAACAGCCCUUCCUACGAGCUGACCUUUCUGGCACAGUUCGUGGCCACUAUGUACGCGGCGAACACAUACACGGCGGUGGAUACCUUCAUCGCCAUGCUGGUGCUCCACACGUGCGGCCAGCUGUCGAAUCUGCGCCGGGAACUGACGGGCCUACAGGCCGUCAGGAGGGCGGAAUUUCGAGGGAAAUUAGGGAAUAUCGUGAGGAAGCACGAAUAUCUAAACAGGUUUGCAGGAACGAUUGAAGACUCCUUCAACAAGAUGUUGCUCAUGCAAAUGUUGGGAUGCUCAUUGCAAGUUUGCGUCCAGUGUCUUCAGGCGCUGACGUCGGUAAUCGAUGAAGCGAAUGAACUCGUCAUCUUUCAAUUCAUCUUCCUGGUGUUUUACGUGAUCUACAUAUUGCUGCAGUUAUACUUAUAUUGUUACAUCGGCGAGAGGCUACUUAUUGAGAGCACGAAAAUUGGGUAUGCUGCGUAUGAUUGCAAUUGGUACAAUCUGUCGCCGCACGAAGCGAGAUCGUUGAUGAUCAUCAUGUGUCGAACUCGGUCGCCAUUGCACAUCAGCGCCGGCGGGUUCUGUUCUUUCAAUCGAGAGCUUUACAGCGAGAUCCUGAAGAGGUCCGUGGCUUAUAUGUCGUGCAUCUACGCGGUGAAAUAAAUUGUUCUCGACCGAAGGCUAAAACCUCGAUCGAAAUAAGUUCGACAUCUGCAUCGAUUAUCCGACAGGAGGAUCGAUUUCAUCGAUUGUUAUAAAGGCAAAAUAUAUUUUCGAGACAUAUGAAAUGAAGAGUA